AUGGCGGAGGCAGGUCGUGUUGAGAGUGAGCUGAACGAGGGGCUGGCGCCCGCGGCCGAAGCACUGGUAGCGGCCCGGGAGCGGAGCAGACGCUUCUUAAGCGGCCUAGAGGUGGUGAAGCAGGGCGCCGAGGCGCGCGUGUUCCGCGGCCGCUUCCAGGGCCGCGCGGCCGUGGUGAAGUACCGCUUCCCCGAGGGCUACCGACACCCGGCGCUGGAGGCGCGGCUCGGCCGGCGACGGACGGUGCAGGAGGCCCGGGCGCUGCUCCGCUGUCGCCGCGCAGGAAUAUGUGCCCCGGUUGUCUUUUUUGUGGACCAUGCUUCCAACUGCUUAUUCAUGGAAGAAAUCGAAGGCUCAGUGACUGUUCGAGAUUAUAUCGAAUCCACUAUGGAGACUGAAAAAUCUCCCCAAAGUCUCUUUGGCUUAGCCAAGGCAAUCGGACAGGUUUUGGCUCGAAUGCAUGAUGAAGACGUCAUUCAUGGUGAUCUCACCACGUCCAACAUGCUCCUGAAACCUCCCCUGGAACAGCUGAACAUCGUGCUUAUAGACUUUGGGCUGAGUUUCAUUUCAGCACUUCCGGAAGAUAAGGGAGUUGACCUGUACGUGCUAGAGAAAGCCUUCCUUAGUACCCAUCCCGACACCGAGACUGUGUUUGAAGCCUUUCUGAAGAGCUACUCCGCUGCCUCCAAAAAGGCCAGGCCAGUGCUUAAAAAAUUAGAUGAGGUGCGCCUGAGAGGGAGAAAGAGGUCCAUGGUGGGGUAGAAGAAUUCUGUGACGACCACAGACGGUUAAGCUGUUCACAGUAACUUUGAAGGAAUGCUAUGAAUAUGAGAUUCGACCUAAAUAAAGGUGGUGGGAUAUUUUUA